AUGGAGGACUUCUGUGGGGGGAGGCGGCGAGGACUCCCACCACCGGCGAGGACCCCCACCACCGGCGGGGCCCGGCGCUUCAGCUGCCGCCGGGGGGGGCGGCCUGCGGGUGAGGGGCUGCCCGGGGCUGUAUGUGCGCUCGGGCCGGUCCCCGGGCGCCCCGGUGUGUGCGAUGCCAUUAAACCUUUUGCCUUCGGAACGGCUCCGUGCCUGCUGCCGCCGCGGGGCGGGGGGGGGGGGAACCGGCCGGGGCUCGGCGGGGUCUGCCCGGCCGCUAGGGGUCGCUGCCGCUGCCGCGCCCCGCGCGUGGCGGCCCCGCCCCGCCGCGGGGGCUGCCGGGAGCGGCGCGGUGCCCGCUGGGAACAGGUCACCAUGGCGGCCCGUGUCCUCUCGGCCUGCGUCCGCCGGCUCCUGCCCCGGCCGCCUCCGCCCGCCCCGCGGCCCGCCGCGCUCGGCACCCUCUGUCCCCGCCGCCCGCGGGCUCCGUCGGGCUCGGGCCCGGCCCCGCCGCUGGCGCAGCCGUUGGCGCAGGUGCCGCGGGCGGCGUGGCCGCCGUGCCGCCGCUUCUCCGACCUGCCGCCCUUGACCUUGGCGGACAUCAAGGACCGCGUUCUCUACGUCCUCAAGCUGUACGACAAGAUCGACCCGGAGAAGCUCACAGCAGAGUCCCACUUCAUGAAAGACCUGGGUUUGGACAGUUUGGACCAAGUGGAAAUCAUCAUGGCUAUGGAAGACGAAUUUGGAUUUGAAAUUCCUGAUGGAGAUGCAGAAAAGUUAAUGUGUCCACAAGAGAUUGUAGAUUACAUUGCAGAUAAGAAGGAUGUUUAUGAAUAAAAACAGUUCUUCAAAGCUGAGCUAUGAUGUCUCUACCACCAGGACUAGGCUGGUGUCAGCGGGUAUGAAUAUAAACACACAUGCUGCACCGUUGCUGCUUUCAUCAGAAAGUUGUACUUGGAUGUUGUAUUUAAAGCUGUCUGAAUGUGUUGUCCUUUAAAAACAAGAAAAAAAAGGAAUAAAUAUGUAAGAAAGACCA